AUGGAAAGUCUGAACGAGCGAGACGGAUACGACCCAGCAGCUAAGGUCCGGCUAUUUCUCGAUGCUUUAGCAGUCCUCGACGAAAAGCCACUUGACGAGGAGAGCAUUGUUGCGCGCCUAUGCUCUUUGCUACUCGUUGUGUUUCGCGACCUUAUCCAGAAGUUCACAGACUCGAAGCUUCACGCGGACGAGAAAGCCCCGGUCAGUAUCAGUUUACAGAGAAGCCUAGAUCGAUUGAGACUAUGGGCCGACGGCUAUCGGAUAUGCGCGGGCGAUCAAGAUAUCAACUUUAUCAAGUCUAGACGUCUAAGACGCGCUACGAUCGAGGUUCUGGUCAGCAUUAGCGAUACUUUGCUGGAGAGAUUCGAACCUUUGACGAGUUCCAAAAAGACUGAAAUAUUAAAGAAGUCUGAAGAAUCAGUACAGAAACUAAAAGAAGUGCUUGAAGCAGCUCACAGAGACCUGGACCGCGACACUUCCUCGUCGGAUGACAGUUCAUACUAUGGCUCUGAUGGCCUUGAUGAGAUUGCAAAAGAUCUAGAGAACGAUACUUUAUCUCUCAUGGGACUCGAGGCACUAUUUCAAAGCGCGACAGUAGAGUUGUUUGCCGAAAAAGCCGCCUUUGCAGAUGUAGUACAAACCUGGCUGCCCCAUGAUGUAUACAAGGAUAAUAUUCGGACUAGAUUCCCAAAAGCAGAAGGCUCUUUGGUUUCGAGACUCUCCAAAGCGUCCUUUGAUCGCUAUCUCAGAUGUCAACGAGAACGAGAAUCACAGACUAGGGCAGUUGGCGACAUCGACUUCCCAAGGAUCACUCGGUCAGACGCUGCUAGCUCGAAAUUCCGGGAUUCUGGUCUUGGAACGUCGAUUCCCUCUUCAGCUUCUGUUGCUGAAACGGUCAUGUCGUAUCGUGUUGAAGGAAGGACUUCGGUUCGAAUUCCACCUUUACCCAAAGAGGCCAAAGCAGGACAACUUUUUAACUGCAUUUCUUGUGGUAAAUUUCUCUGUGUCCGAAGCAACUCAGUAUGGAAACGGCAUCUAUAUGAAGACCUACAGCCCUGGCAAUGCCUCGAUCCGGAUUGCUCUUUCACGAGCGUCUUUCAGACCCGCGAAGACUGGGUAGCUCAUAUUGCACAAGAUCACAAGCUCGAACCAGAUUGGCAAUCCAUCAACUGCCCUCUGUGCUUCGAAACCAUCCCUCCUGGGAAGAUAGCUAUCACAAAACAUCUUUGCAGCCACCUAGAGGAGAUAUCUCUUGCUGCACUUCCGACAAAUCUAGAUAUUGAGUCUCAUCCAGGGUCGGAUAAUGAUUCAGACUCUUCUAAAUCUCAACAGGAGAGCACGGAUGAGACGAGGGGGGAGCCGAAGCAUGAAUCACUCGCAGGAAUUACCCAAGGUCAAGAGCCAAUUCUUCAAGAUGCACUAGACUAUCUAGACCAGGUCAAACUAGCGUUCCAUGACCGUCCUGCCAAGUACAAUCGAUUUCUUGAUAUCAUGAAAGAUUUCAAAGCACAAGCUAUUGACACACCGGGUAUAAUGCGCCUGGUGACAGAUCUGUUCGUAGUUGAAGAUCAGGUGCCAUUAAUUGCUGGGUUCAACAGCUUCUUGCCGUCUGGGUAUAGUAUCGACAAAGAGUUGAAUUUCCGGAUGCCUGGGGAUCCGGUAUCGAACUUUUACUUUGAAAGGGACGACAAUCGCGAGAAUACUUAUGAAAUUUACCCCGAUAAGAUUUGGGAUAAUGACCAAAAGCCCGAUCGCAAGACAAAAGAAGAGGCACCUGUUUCUUUCAAUACUUCUAUAUCUUAUGUAAACCGGGUGAAGAAUCGAUAUAUGAGUGAGCCCGAAAGAUAUCGACAAUUCUUAGAAAUCUUGCAAAAGUAUCAGAGAGAGGAGACGCCCUUACAGGAUGUGUAUACUUCAGUGGCAACACUUUUUGAGUCAGCGCCAGACCUUCUUAGCGAUUUUAAAAACCUGUUUCUACCUGAACCCGUCGGAAACAGAAAAGCAAUUACCGAUAACCCAAUGGGAGGCGAAAAAGAGGAAACAGGGUCAAAACCUGCUCCUGUGGUUUUUGACGAAUCGGAGAGUCUCGCAGGUGCUGUUAUUGAACAGGCUGGCCAGCAAUAUAAUGGGCACUUUCUCGUGUGGGAAUGUUACAACCUGUCGAAGAUAUUCCCCACUGCCACCACCACCAUCACCAUCUGCAGUAUCACACUCAUCAUCACCAUGGUCCUCCUCAAGAUGUUCCUAGCUUGUUUUGUUUCACCUAUUGACUGGUUUAGUAAUGUUCCUGCCAUGAUGUUUCAAUGGCCGUGGAUUAUCGAAUUAUGCAACCAAGUAUCGAAAGAGCUUCGACAGAACAUAGAAUGGAUUGGCAUAAAGCCUCCUGCAUCAAGACCUACGAAAAUGCUGGACUACGCCUGUGGAAAUGGUGUAGCAUCUCGACAGGCACUUGCACCUUUCAUGUCGACUGUUAGAGGCAUGGACAUCUCAUCAUCAAUGGCAGAACAAUACAACGAAAUGGCGCUCAAAUCAGGAUACACUCCAACAAAGAUGCACGCAGUACAAGGGGACAUCAUCGAGCCUGAAUCAACACCAUCCCCCGAGCUUAACACACCCGCAUAUUUCAAUUUUGAUUUAAUAGUCAUGUGUCUAGCUCUGCACCACAUCGAAGACCCUGAUAAUAUGAUUUUACAACUUUCAAAAAGACUUAGACCAGGAGGGAUCUUGCUUAUCAUUGACUGGGUUUCUAAUCGAGAAGGUAUGGACUUUUCGAAACUUAGUGUUAAUAGGAUGGGGUUCCAAGAGGAGGAGGUUAAGAGUGCGUAUGAGAAGGCUGGGUUGGAGGAUUGGUCUUGGAAAUUGACUUCGACACCGUCACCUGUUCCUAGGGAGACUGGGGGGGAACAGCAGUUGUUCUUUGCUCGGGGGAGGAAGGGUGGUAGUUAA